UUGAGACACAGCCAAGUGCAUGACAUUGAUUCGAGCUGCACCCGGGGGCCGGAGCAUAGGCGCUCCAAGUCCUUACUUGCUCUCCUUUGUUUUAGUAGCGAACCAUGAAGUUCAAUACGCCACUACCACAGACGCUACCUAAAGAAUGCACGAAGGCAGCAAAGAUUUUUUCGUCAUUCGUGGACAACAAGAAUAAUGGUCUUGACGGUGUCAUCCCUUGGAGUGUAUUAGAGAACGCCAAGGGAUUUGCCCUCUUCACUGUUUUCAAAGCGGGCUUCGUCUUCUCGGCGAGAGCGGGGACGGGGAUCGUUAUAGCGAAGCUUGAUGACGGAUCAUGGUCUGCUCCAAGUGCCAUAGGCUCAGCUGGCCUAGGGGUUGGCGGACAACUGGGCGCGGAGAUGACAGAUUUCUUGAUUGUCCUUAAUUCAAUUUCGGCUGUUAAAUCGUUCAUGUCUGCCGGCUCCCUCACUUUGGGAGGCAAUGUGAGUAUCGCGAUGGGCCCUCUCGGGCGGAAUGGUGAAGCGAUCGGAUCCGUGAGUUCAAGCGGCAAGGUUGCUGCCAUGUACAGCUAUUCUAAAACGCGAGGCUUAUUUGGUGGAGUUUCCAUAGAGGGCUCUGUCAUCAUGGAACGUCAGGAUGCAAAUCUGUUGGCAUACAAACAGGACGUGACUGCGAAAAUGCUUCUCACUGGAGCAGUCCCUUGUCCAGAAUGGGCUUCUCCUCUUGUGAAGACUCUCGAAGCAUGCACUGGUUUGCCAGGCACUCGGAAGUGGAUCGACGACAGAGCACGGGAGCAGUCUGGUUAUGCCUUUGCGAGCCCAAAGAGUGAAGGCAGUACGCCUUCAUUCUUGGCCAAGAAGAAGAAAGGAGCUGAUUUUCCCCCGGAACACUGGGGAAGGAGAAGAGAUUCUGGGUCGUACUUUGCUAGCGGGGGAUCGGACUCUGAUGUUGGCCCUACUCCGUGGGAUGACUACGAGCGCGCCCCACGGUCAGGUCCUGGUUUCGAUACAAAAUUCGAAUCUGAUCCUGCGCCUUCUUCGCAAAGCCGGCACCGACCUUUUAACAGUGUCUCUACGCCACCAAGCACAAAGGACCCAUAUGACCCUGCGUCACCGUUCAACUCUCUACCACCAUUUAGCUCUGCACACUCUAGCUUAAGCGACAUAAAUGGCGCUCACUCGCGCUCAAUGAGUGUGCCGUCUACCAACCAACCUUCUAAUCGAUAUCCCUUGGCGAAUUAUACCAACCCCUUUGCUUCCAGCCCACCACCGGAUGACAAUUUCUUUGAAUCAGACGAUCAGCCAAGCUAUCGCGCGGCACCAUUCAUUAAAACUAAAGCAGACCUCACAGCGUCUCUUCCUCUUGAUGAUGGAGUCAGUCGUGCGAUAGCGCUCUAUGACUUCAAAGCGGUGGAGGCUGGUGACCUUUCUUUUUCUAGAGGAGAUGUAAUCGUUAUCACAAAGAAGAGUGAUAGUACCGAUGACUGGUGGACCGGAAAAGUAGGCGACAGCAGAGAGGGAAUAUUUCCGGCCAAUUUCGUGGAAGUUGUAUAAGUACUAGCAGCGCAUCUUCAUUGAUCAAGCAUCUUACCUAUGUAUUGAAUAUCCUGUUGUACACUUAGAUGAUCUGUACAGAUUUACGGUAGUGUAGCGAUUGAAAAUUUACAGCUCACCGAACGUUGGCCUGAAACGGCCUGUAGUAUUGAUAAAUCGAGUGAGAUGUGGGAUGGCUUUAUCUGAGGUGGGAAGGUACAUUAUUG